AUGGGAAUAUGGAAGAAGAAAAGCAGCUAUAAGAACUACAUUUCAGUCCCAUCUCAGAUCAUAAACUCAGUUUCCUCAUCGUCUCUACACUCUUUUCUCUAUUUUCCGAAUGAUAAAUCUCCAAAGAAGAACACAAGCAAGUUCAGAUUCCAUUUCCUCAGAAACCCAAAGCUCUUGGCUUUCUCUCUCUUUUCACUUUCUGUUCUGGUGAUUUUGUUCUUACUAAGACUCGGUCUUUGUCUCUCUUCUUUCGGCUCAUAUCACGAAAGUCAACUUCAGAGCUCGGAUUCAAAUGGGUCUCCUAAAUCCCAUCUUGGUUUUGCUUAUAUCCGAUCAAACAGUUUCCAAGCUGAGAUUUCGAACGCAAAUGAUCGAUCUUUGGAUAAAAUUUCAAAAUCAGCAGUGCCUGUGGAGAAAAAUGAGACCUUUGGUGGUGGUAAUUCGAAGCAGAUCACCUCUAAUGGAAGUGGUGGACAUGAUUGGGGAGAUUAUAAGAAUGAGUUUUGGAAACAGCCUGAUGGGUUAGGUUACAAGCCAUGCUUGAAUUUCAGCAAUGAGUACAGGACAGAGAGUAAGAGGAUUGUCGGAGAGAGGAGAAAGUAUCUGAUGGUGGUUGUCUCUGGUGGGAUGAAUCAGCAGAAGAAUCAGAUUGUUGACGCUGUUGUGAUUGCCAGGAUUCUAGGUGCUGUUCUUGUCGUCCCAGUUUUGCAAAUCAAUCUCAUUUGGGGUGACGAGAGUGAAUUCUCUGAUAUAUUUGAUUUAGAGCAAUUCAAGAAUGUUUUAGCAAAUGAUGUGAAGAUAGUUUCGUUGCUUCCUGCAAGUAAACUAAUGACUAGACCAUCAGAAGAUGGUGGUAUGGCCUUCAAUGCCUCUCCUCAAUGGAUUCGUUCUCACUAUCUAAAGCGAUUUAAUAAGGAAGGAGUUCUGCUUUUAAGGAGACUGGACUCAAGAUUGUCUAAAGACUUACCUUCUGAUCUCCAGAAGCUCCGUUGUAAAGUAGCAUUUGAAGCGCUGAAGUUUUCGCCACGUGUUAUGGAGAUGGGGAAGAAGCUAGCAGAGAGGAUGAGGAGCAAAGGGCCUUACAUUGCGCUUCAUCUUCGACUGGAGAAAGAUGUGUGGGUGAGAACUGGAUGUCUCUCUGGUUUGAGCUCAAAGUAUGACGAGAUUGCAAAGAUAGAGAGGAUCAAGCGGCCUGAGCUCUUAACAGCAAAAUCUAGCAUGACUUCUAAUGAGAGGAAACUAGCUGGCCUCUGUCCAUUAAACGCCAAGGAAGUAACAAGGCUGCUUAGAGCACUUGGAGCACCGAGAGAUGCAAGAAUCUAUUGGGCAGGAGGAGAACCUCUUGGUGGAAAGGAAGCUUUGGAACCAUUAAUGACUGAGUUCCCAAAUCUCUACAACAAACACGACAUUGCGUUACCCCUUGAGCUCAAACCUUUCGAGAAACGAGCUUCGAUAAUGGCAGCGAUCGACUAUAUAGUGUGUAAGGAGAGUGAUGUGUUUAUGGCAUCUCAUGGAGGGAACAUGGGCCAUGCGAUUCAGGGUCACAGGGCUUAUGAAGGACACAAGAAGCUAAUAACACCAAACAAGAGACAUAUGCUGCCUUACUUUCUGAACACAUCAAUGACUGAAACAGAGUUUGAGAAGAUGAUCAAGAAACUACACAGACAAUCUCUAGGACAGCCAGAACUAAGGAUUAGCAAAGCCGGAAGAGAUGUUACAAAGUACCCUGUUCCUGAGUGUAUGUGCAAUAAUAAUCAAUCCAGUUCCACUACUUAA